AAGUAGUUUAAAGCAGGAGUUUUCCAGCAGAACCGGGGAGGUGAGUGUGUUGGCUGGAGACAGUGCAAAGGGCGAGUUUAUCAGUUGUGUGUGUUGCUUUGGCACAUUCUUCUUGAAUUGGCUCUUGAUCCAAGAUAAGCACAGCUUCGUGUCGAGCUUGCAGAUGAGACUUCCUCUUCAUCCACUUUGCAUCUUCAGGAGUUUAACCGCUCUGAGGCAAACGGCACAAACACAGAGGCGAGGUCUGAGCGGUGCAGCCAUGCGCCUGGUGCAGUUCCGUCGGCACGGUGACGCAGGAGGGGGGGCCGUCAGGGUGGGAGUGGAGCAAGGCGAUGGUCUGGGCGUGGUGGACCUGAAGGCGUUUGAGCCCUCCAUGCCAUCGACGAUGAGAGAGCUGCUGGAGCUGGGAGACGAGGGUCUGGAUUGUGCACGGAGAGCCUUGUCGUCCGGUCAGUGCGUGGUGACUCGAGCCGACAUCCAGCUGCUGGCCCCCGUUCUGGCCCCGGAGAAGGUGGUGUGUGUGGGGAUGAACUAUCGGGACCACUGCCUGGAGCAGAACGCCCCGAUCCCCAAAGAACCCAUCAUCUUCAGCAAGUUCCCCAGCGCCAUCACGGGGCCGUACGACGACAUCGCUCUGCCCUCCGAGAGCCAGGAAGUGGACUGGGAGGUGGAGCUGGCUUUUGUGAUCGGACGAAGAGGAAAACACAUCAAGGAGGAAGACGCUCUGUCCUACGUGGCCGGCUUCACCGUGGCCAACGACGUCAGCGCGCGCGACUGGCAGAUGCAGCGCAAUGGGAAGCAGUGGCUGCUCGGGAAGACGUUUGACAGCUUCUGUCCUCUCGGCCCAGCCUUAGUAACCACCGACGCUGUGAAAGAUCCUCACAACCUGGCCGUCCGCUGCCUGGUUAACGGAGACGCAGUCCAGAGCAGCAACACCGAUCAGAUGAUCUUCAAGACGGAAGCGCUGGUCGCGUGGGUCUCUAAGUUCGUGACAUUAAGUCCAGGAGAUGUGUUCCUGACGGGAACUCCUCCAGGCGUGGGGGUUUUCAGAAAGCCACCUGUGUUUCUCAAGAAAGGAGACGUGGUGGAGUGCCAGAUAGAGCAGCUAGGCUCUAUAAUCAACAGAGUCGUCUAAACCCUGAGACGACAACCCAUGAAGGAAAGCCGCCUGUUAAAUUAAAAAACGUUCCUGAUCGGUUGCUCCUCAUAAUGAGAAACAUCUCACAAAAAACAAAAAUAAAAUGUGCAGAACCGACAAGAAAUACGUAAGAAAUGUACAUUUCCUGAUGAGUGUUUUACUCAUGACAUUUCAGUAAUUGUCGGGAAGGAAAAUGUUGUGUUUUUACUAUGUGAAACUGUGUAAUUAUGUGACUCAACCUCAUUUAUCCAGUCAAGUCAUUGCCAGGUUUAAAAAUAAAUAGAACCACCCACACUUUACAUGCAGUAUAUGUUAAACUGAACCUCCAGAUUUGUGUUAAUGCGCAAAAAUAAAAACAAUUUCUAAUUAUCUAA